AUGUCCUUCCAGGAUUUCAACCACGUUUUUACAGCAUUCGGGAACUGCUUCACUUUUAAUGCUAACAACGACGCUUUCCAAGAUCAACCUGGCGCCAAAAACGGACUCAGUCUCGAAAUAAAUAUUGAACAGCAAUACUAUAGCAACCGCCUGCAACUAGGCGACCAGGUGGAUGCUGGGAUUUUUUUCCACGUGCACAACCAAUCUGUGCCGCCCUCUGUCGAGACGGACGGAAGAGCAGUUCCGCCAGGUUUCCACGCCUACGUUGGGCUUACCAGGACAGACUCGUAUUCGAUAGACCCACCAUACGGUCUGUGUAACAAGUCGGCAGAACUGGUCAAUUUUCCGGACUAUUCCGUGGCCGCCUGUGUGCUGGAGUGUAAAGAGCAACACAUGCUGAGAGAGAAGAGGAAGGGAAUGUUCGCUGAUGGAGGUUACGACAUGCGCCAAACCACUAUUAGAGCGAACUACGUCAUUAUGGAUAUUUACCUGGAAAACCUGAACUAUAUCAAGAGCGAGCAGUUACCAGCCGUGGAGCCAUCCGCUCUAAUAAGUGACAUCGGUGGACAGUUUGGACUCUUUAUGGGCUUCAGCCUGCUGACCAUUAUCGAAUUUAUCGAGUUUGCGGCGAUGACCUUGUACACGUGGAUUUUAUCCGCCAAGCGGCAGCCAAAAGUUGACAUUGUGAUGGUAGAGAGCAAAGUUAAGAAAUGA